AUGACAACGACAAACAGAAUUAUUGUGCUAUCCUCAAUCAUCGCUAGGGACACGGCCAUAAUCAAUAACUUUCUGGUCGCGUCCAAAGCACCGACACCAUCUUUUAAUGAGAAUGCACUUGCAACCAUACCUAUACCAGACGACGCGACCGACAUUAAAGAUGCUAGGAGCCGGGUCAUUGAAUCGUGUUCAGAAUUAAAGGCAUUGCUGACAGGCCCGAAAGAGCUACUCAGAUUUCAGUGGACCGACCAUGUCAGCGUCAAGGCGAUUCUCCGUUUCAAUCUCGACAAGUCGUUUCCGCUCGGAGAAUCUACAUCGUUCGAGGCCAUGUCUGAAUUCUCGGGAUUGAGUGUCAGAAAUGUUAGGCGUAUUGUCAGACAUGGAAUCAUUAAUCAUUAUUUCUUUCAAGAGAAGUCACCCGGCGUCAUAACGCAUUCGGCCCUGACUGCCAUCUUGGCAAGUGAUGAGGUGAUGAGGAAUUCGCUGCGGGUUGAGCUCGAUGAGUUUUGGCCGGCUGGUGUCAAGAUGGCUGAUGCCAUGGAGAAAUGGCCCAAUUCUGAAGAGAGCAACGAAACAGGAUUUUCGCUCGCCAAUAAUAGCGACAAAGGAAUGUUUGACAUUUUUGCCGACAAUCCCGAGCGGGCGGCUCGAUUUGGUCUGUAUUUGUCCAAGCCCGACCCAACAUCAGACGGCCUACUUGACAAUUACCCUUGGGCGGAUCUCAGGACCAUGGUUGAUGUCGGCGGUUCUCACGGAAGUGUUGCCAUAUCAAUCGCCGAGCGAUUUCCCAAAAUGAAAUGCUUUGUUCAGGACCUCUCAGACACGGUUGCCGAAGGCGCUUCACAUCUGCCCGCUGACCUGUCCGAUAGGGUUGAAUUCAUGGCACAUGACUUUUUUACACCCCAGCCUGUCAAGGCAGACGUGUACUACUUCAAGUCCAUCUUUCAUAACUGGGCUGAUAAGUAUUGCAUCAAGAUUCUGCAAAAAUUGGUGCCGGCGUUGCAAAAGGGUGCCAAGAUAAUAAUUCACGAGCGUAUCCUCCCAGGUCUGGAGAGUCUGGAUACAGUGGAUGCGCGCAGAGCCAUAAACAUGGACGUUGCAAUGCAACAGCUCUUGAAUGCGCACCAACGCGAGAUGCAUGAAUGGCGCGAUUUAUUCACGGCUGCUGAUGCGAGAUAUCAUUACAUUGGUGCAAGACAACCUCCCGGCGCGAUACGGUACAUUAUCGAGGCCGAAUGGCAAGGAUGA